AUGUACUUCACCACCCUCACCACCCUCCUCACCCUGGCCGCCAGCGCCCUUGCGGCUCCGGCCCCCGCCCCAACAUACCACAACUGGCCGGGCGCCCCAACCAAGACCUACACCGCGCCGCGCAUCACCCACACCGUAGUUGCCGGCCGGGGCGGACAACUGCGCUUCGAUCCCGAAAACGUGGUUGCCGAAGUCGGUAGCAUCGUCGAGUUCCACUUCCUUCCCGCCAACCACUCCGUCGUCGAAGCGGCCUUCAACGCGCCCUGCCGUCCGCGUAGCGACGUCGACCCUGCGGCCCCGAACUCCUUCUUCAGCGGCUUCUUCCCCGUCACACCAAACCCGGAUGGAUCCUUGUGCCAGAGCGAAGAGGUCUUCCAGAUUGAGGUCAAGGACGACAAGCCAAUUUGGUACUACUGCGGUCAGCCCGGCGGUGGCGGGCACUGCCAGAGGGGCAUGGUUGGUGUGAUUAACCAGCGGUUUGACACGCCGUUUACGCUGGAGAAGUUCCGUCAAGAGGCCGCUAAGGUUCCCCCUCCGCCUGGGCUGCCAGCUGGUGGCGUCCGUGGUGGUUGGCGGAUCCCGAAUCCUAACCCUCUGGGUGGCUUCUAA